UGUAUUUCAGCUAACGGAACAGCAGGUAGUCAGCUGUCGACCCCACGGUCAGGCAAAUCCCCCAGUCCAUCUCCCACCAGUCCAGCCAGUCUGAGGAGACGAAGGGGCUCUCAGCACAGUGGCUCCUCCCUCUCUCUGGCCUCCACCAAGGUGUGCAGCUCCAUGGAUGAGGGCGAUGGGCCGGGCAGUGAAGCUGAGCUGAUGGAGGAUUGUCCUCAGGUUCCUGCUUCCAUAGCCGAGAGGUACAAGGUGGGACGAAUGAUUGGCGAUGGGAACUUCGCUGUGGUCCGAGAGUGUGUGGAGAGAUCCACAGGCCGAGAGUACGCUCUGAAGAUCAUUAACAAGAGCAAAUGCAGAGGGAAGGAACACAUGAUCCAGAAUGAGGUGUCCAUUCUUCGGAGAGUGAAGCAUCCUAAUAUUGUUCUGCUGAUUGAAGAAAUGGACACAUAUAGUGAACUCUACAUGGUCAUGGAGCUUGUCAAGGGUGGCGACCUCUUUGAUGCCAUCACCUCCUCCAACAAAUACACAGAGCGGGACGCCAGCAGAAUGCUGUAUAACCUGGCCAGCGCUAUCAAAUAUCUGCACAGCCUUAACAUUGUUCACCGUGACAUCAAACCUGAGAAUCUUCUGGUGGCAGACCACUUAAGUCUGCCGCGUCCCGUCCAGCAGCCACACAUGGAGGUUCCAAAGAUCUGA